CUAAAAACAAAAAAGAUUGAUUAGGAGUAAAGAAUAUCCUUGUGGGUUAAGAUAAAAUGGUCGAUGGGGGUCACCGGUUGUCGGGACCCGCCAAAAGGUCCAACUGAUUCUGGUACUGAUGUCUGAAAUCCCUCUCUCUCUCUCUCUCUCUCUCUCUCUCUCUCCUACCUAAAGUAACCAAACCAGCCACACGACUACGAGUUCGGGUCCCUUGGAAAUAACAGAGAAACUUCUCUUCUCAAAUAAAUAAAUAAAACUUCUCUACUCUGGCCGUAUCAGCGUACUUAUCGCUAUCGAGUGGCUUCUGGUCUUCAUCUCUGCAAUACAAUUUCCUUCAUUUUCACUACCGACACCUUUAGUAGAUCUUCAAUAUCCCCUUGUCUAUUAUCCCAUUUGUUUGACCAACCCCUUCUCUAGCUCCCCCCUUCUCUCUCUCUCUCUCUCUCUCUCUCUCUCUCUCUCACACACACACACACACACACACAAAAAGAGAGUUAACUACUAGCCAAAAGUGCAGAUGUUUGGAUCUAAAUUGAGCUAAUUUGGCUUAUAGUGAACAAUGAAUUGGACGGUAAGACAUUAUGUUGUACAACUGAGCGGUUAGUGCUUUGAACAUUUGAGCCUCUGUUAUUCAUAAAUAAAGGGACAUUAUUCGUAACUCGGGAAUUGGAGAUCUGGGUUUGUGUUCAUUGGAGAUGGGUAGUUCUGGAGAGAAGGUUGUAGCUGUGAUCAUGGUCGGUGGACCCACUAAAGGGACUCGAUUCCGGCCAUUGUCUUUGAAUGUCGCCAAGCCUCUUUUUCCUUUAGCGGGAAAACCAAUGGUUCAUCAUCCAAUAUCUGCUUGCAAAAGGAUUCCAAACUUAGCACAGAUCUAUCUUAUUGGUUUCUAUGAGGAACGGGAAUUCGCAUUAUAUGUUUCAUCAAUCUCAAAUGAGCUUAAAGUCCCUGUGAGAUAUUUGAGGGAAGACAAGCCUCAUGGAUCAGCUGGUGGGCUUUAUAACUUCAGAGACAUAAUCAUGGAAGACAGUCCGUCUCAUAUCUUCUUGUUGAAUUGUGAUGUUUGCUGCAGUUUCCCACUCCCAGAAAUGCUUGAGGCUCAUAGAAGAUAUGGUGGCAUGGGAACCAUUCUUGUAAUCAAGGUUUCUGCUGAGUCAGCCAGUCAGUUUGGUGAAUUGGUAGCUGAUCCAGACACCAAAGAAUUGUUGCAUUACACAGAGAAACCUGAAACUUUUGUUAGCGACCUGAUAAAUUGUGGCGUAUAUGUUUUUACACCAGAUAUAUUUACAGCCAUCCGGGGUGUUUAUUCUCAAUGGAAAGAUAGAGCUAAUCUCAGACGUCUUUCCAGCUUUGAAGCGCUACAAUCAGCCACAAGGAUUCUUCCCACAGAUUUUGUGAGACUGGAUCAAGAUAUCCUGUCACCACUUGCAGGGAAAAAGCAGCUAUAUACAUAUGAAACCAUGGAUUUCUGGGAGCAAAUUAAAACUCCCGGAAUGUCCGUAAAAUGUUCUGCCUUGUAUCUUGCUCAAUUCCGGCACACCUCCCCACAUCUUUUGGCUAUUGGAGAUGGCUCAAAGAGUGCCACCAUCGUUGGUGAUGUUUAUAUCCAUCCAUCAGCAAAAGUUCAUCCGACUGCUAAGAUUGGUCCCAAUGUCUCGAUAUCUGCUAAUGCCCGUAUAGGACCAGGUGCAAGGCUCAUCAGUUGUAUCAUCCUAGAUGAUGUUCAAGUCAUGGAAAAUGCAGUUGUUAUUCAUUCAAUUGUGGGAUGGAAGUCAUCCAUUGGGAGAUGGGCCAGGGUCCAGGCUGCAGGAGAUUUCAAUGCCAAACUUGGGAUUACAAUCCUUGGUGAAGCUGUUAGUGUUGAAGAUGAAGUCGUGGUGCUUAACAGCAUUGUUCUUCCAAACAAGACACUUAAUGUUAGUGUUCAGGAGGAAAUAAUCUUAUAAUGGACCUGGAUAGCCCCACAUCCUUUCGGCAGCUCUCUCUCUCUCUCUCUGUGCAGUGAUAUAAUUUGAUGCAAUAUUUUGUUUUUGGACUUGUUUUGCCAAUUUGUAAAUUGACAUCCAGAAAUUGUAAUAAAGAAAAUUGAUAGUUUGCUGUGACA